AUGGCAUCCGACCAAUCCACACAAGUUGGUUGUGCACAUUUCAAAUGCGGUGGGGACACAUAUCUAGCCUGCUCGUACAAGACGGAUCUAACGAAUGGGAAGAAACUCUAUGCUAUGGGUCCUACGUGCAAACAAUGUCCGGAAGGACUAGAUUCUUGCGUUGAUGGUUUGUGCCCCGUUAAACAACUUGAACCUCCUACGAAGCCGCCAGAAGUGCUCAAACCUACGUGCCCUGACAAUGCAGAGGUGCAGGAGGCCUUCAGAAGAGCAAUCUGGCGGGUUCACAAUGAACACAGAGCUGUACUCGCUUUGGGAGCGACCAGAAACAGUAAACGAAGAAUUCCGGACAUUGUUCUAAUGCGAAAAGCAAAUCAAAUGCCUGAACUGAAGUACAACUGCGAGCUGGAGGUGAAAGCUUUGGAAAGAGCCAGACAGGCUCCGACAGUAGCUGAUAACUCAGAGGGACUUGUUGAGAAUGUCUUUGUUUGGGACAAAAAGAAAGUUCCAAAAUGGGAGAAGCUGGCAAGAAGAGUGCGUUAUGGUUUAUUUCACUUCAAUCAUGAUUCUACAAAGUGGUGGUCCGAAAUCCUCAUUCGUGAAAGCCCCUUCGAUCAAGUUCAGAAUCUUUUCUAUACUCAUCUGGGAAUUACGAGCUUUGCCUUGAUGGCGUCUGAUCAGACCACAGAACUUGGUUGUGCCCAUCUUAAUGUUGAAGGAAACAUCGCUAUAGUUUGCCAUUACAAAACAACACUGAAACACGCGACAAAACUCUACAAUAUGGGUCCGACUUGCAAAAAAUGCCCACGUGGUAUUGAUUCUUGUGUGAAUGGUUUGUGCCCUACCAUAGUUAUUCCAAAGAAACCGGAGCCAGUUCUCGUGAGUUCAUGCCCGGCCAACACUGAAGUGACCGAAAAAUUCCGAAGAGCUAUAUGGUUGAAACACAACGAGCACAGAGCCGUCCUUGCCUUGGGAGCUUCAAGUAAUGGUCACGUUAGGGUUCCAGAUAUCAAACUUAUGCGAAAGGCAAAUCAUAUGAGCGAACUGGUAAACCUUUGCUCGAUUCUGAGAAUUCUUCACCUUCAACAUGCCACUUUGAUUCGUUUAGAAAUACAAUUGCGCACUGGAGAUACAAGCUCUGGAAAAAGCAAAGCUGUGCGAGGAAAGUCCCGCGCUAGAGCCGAAUCUAAACACAUUUAUGUUCGUUCCAAAACCUGCGAUAAAGCACCAACCUACCAUUGAUA